AAUGAAUUACAGGUCAUUCGUUUCGUUUCAACAUUGACUUUUGAAUUAUGAGUCUCCGUUCAACUCGAUCUCUAGGGUUCCGUAUUCUUUUAGAGAGAGAAAAGGAGAAGAGCAAGAAGAAGAUGCAGUUGGACGCUCCUUGGUGCUGAGUUCCACUACUCGAGACUUAAUUUUCCAAUCCCUGUCCCCUCUCUCUUCCUUAUCACUUGCUUUCUUUGUGUUUGCUAUUUAUCUUUUUCGAGUUCGUACGCUCUGAAGAUAAUUUCUUGUUGGGUGACCUGGAAUUGAGCUUUGAGAAUAUUUGCUGCUCGCCUUUUGUCAUAAUUUUGGGGGGUUUCUUCUCGGUUCUGUGGGGGUGGAGUCUUGUUGCAGAUUUCAGGUUCUUAAUUUGGUAUAACCCAAGUAUUUGAGCUUGGGAUUUGAGGAAUUCCUGGGCUUACCGAAGCUGAUUUAAUCUGGGUUUUGUUGAUUCGACUGAGCAAAGAAAAGGGUAUGUUUUAUGCUUCUGACUCUCUCAGCUUUAUCGGGUUUGCUAUUUGUUCUUGUGGGGUUGAUUUGUUCUGUGCUUACAUCACCGUGAACAAGUCAAGCUUGUUUUGAGCUUGAAUUAUAAGGUUUUGGGUCUUUCCAAGCCUUGAAUGGUUUGUGGGCGCAGAAAAAAAAAACUAAAUAUUUGAUUUUCCGAAAUGGUUGGAAAUUGAGGUUGGGUUCUCUGAAAAAUUGCUAGCAUUUGAGCUGCAGUUUAAAUUUCUGGCUGCUGCUUUGAAGCAUAUGAAUGGUUUGACUUUGCGUGACAAUACAAAAGGCAGUAUUUCUUUGUUAUUGUGGGUUUUAGGUAUAUAGAUUUACCAAAUGGAUAACUCCAAGAACAGGCAUAAUGAUCAUUUGGGUGUGAACAAAAUGGGGAAAAAUAUAAGGAAGAGUCCCUUGCACCAACCAAAUUUUGCAAAUAAUCCUGCCAGGCAGCAGCCCCAGCCGCAGGUUUACAACAUUAGCAAGAAUGACUUUCGAAAUAUUGUUCAGCAGCUUACUGGUUCACCUUCUCAAGAACCUCUGCCCAGACCUCCGAACAACCUGCCAAAACCCCAGAGUGUGCGGCUGCAGAAAAUUCGGCCUCCCCCAUUAACGCCCAUCAACCGGCCUCACAUUCCCCCUCCGAUGCCGGUUCCUAUAGCUCCUCCACCAAUGGUGUACAAUAAUAGCUUUGUCAGACAUGGUCAGUUUGGACAGCCAUCACCCACACCGUUGCAGCCACUGACACCUGGGGACUCAAUUUGGGCAAAUACAGCUGAGUCUCCUAUCUCGGCUUACAUGCGAUAUCUUCAGAAUUCAAUAAUGGAUCCAGGUCAAAGGGGUAACCAAGCUCAAGCUCAACCACAACUGCAAUUUCCGGGUCAAAUUCAGGGUUAUCCACCAUCCACUGCUUUACUUCCUAAUCCUCCCAUGCCUGCUCUCCCUUCUCCUAGGGUGAAUGGUCCUACCCCACCCAUGCCUAAUCUCCCUUCCCCGCAAUCAAAUGGCCCUGCCCUUUUACCCUCCCCAAUCUCUCAGUUCCUCUUGCCAUCCCCAUCGGGUUACAUGAAUUUGUGGUCACCGAGAUCACCAUAUCCUUUGUACUCACCAGGGAUUCAGUUCCCUCUGCCGCUGACACCCAAUUUUGCAUUUUCUCCCAUGGCACAAUCGGGGAUUUUAGGUCCAGGUCCUCAACCUCCACCUUCUCCAGGCCUAUUUCCAUUAUCCCCUUCAGGGUUCUUUCCCAUCCUAAGUCCAAGAUGGAGGGACCAAUAAUCCUUGCCAUAGCAACUUAUGCUUGUGAGCUCAUUGCUUUAUCAGGAAUUGCAUCUUUUAUGGACGCAUCCACUCGUAAGAGCUGUUUUUGUGAAAAUGUAAUGUAGACUACUGCUGUAGGAGGUCCUUUUGAUCAUAGUGGUGUUUAUUUCAUCUUUCUUGUUCGUCAAUCGGUUGAUGUCCCUCUUGUAGUAUAUUUUGAUAAUAGAUCCUGUAACAGCUACAAUAAUUAUUUUUUGGACAACUUUUAGCUUGGGUGAUGUUGUGAAGGCCAGAAAACUCAUCUGGACAAUUCGACAGAGCUGUAACAUAAAGGAGGUAGGAUCACAGUAAUUGAAAAUUUUGAUGUAGGCUAUCUAUGGCAAGAACUCUCGUGUUUUUGUCAGAUUUUGACUGUAAUCUUAUAUAGUUUGAAGUCAAAUUCAUCUCCA